AAUUAUGAAAAAAGAAUUAAAUUAUGCAUAAAAUAUCUAUUUGUGAAACAAGUAUUUUGAAGAUAGAGAUUAACAAAACCUUGAAGAGGUAAAUGCCAGUUUACUGGUUAAUUUUUGUGAUGAUACUUUAGCAUGGAACAUUAUAAUAUAUUCCUUUAAUAAAAGUCUAUGGAUUGGGCUGGGGAUUUAGCUCAGCAGCACAGCACCUGCCUGGCGAGUGCGAGGUCAUGAGUUCGAUUCCUAGUACCGGAAAAAAACCAAAAACCAAAAAAAAAAAAAAAAAAAAAGUCUAUGGAUAUGAUUGUGAAUAACUAAGUUACCAUAUUUUUGUACCAUCAAUCUAUACUUUGAACUUGGUUUCUUGUAUAUUUUAUAAAUGAGAAUGAAUUGUUGAAUCUCUAUACACAAGUUUAGCAAAAGUAAAACAGCUCAUAUGCUUUCUUAAGAUUCUCUUCAGCAAUGAGAUUUUUAAAAGUUUCUUAAAGAUUUUUCAGUGAAGCUCUUUCUUUGUUCUGCCUCUGCCUGCAUGUACCUUAACUCGGUGGCCCUGUCCUGUACAUUGUGUUUGCUUCAUUAAUUAUUUAAAGCAUAAUCACCUAUUAAAAUAAGAUAUGGGCCAGGGAUAUAGCUCAGUGGCACAGCACCCGCCUGGCAAUCGCAAAGUCCUGUGUUAAAUACCUGGUACCAAAAAAUAAAAUAGGAUAGUACUAGAAAGUUAAAUUGAUGGCUCAAGAAUGAAACAUGUCAAAUUUGACUGAGAUCUAUAUCAAAGACAGGCACAAUGUCUAAUGCCACAUAAGGCCAUUCGAAUGAAUAAAAUAUGUAAAAUAAAAUGUCAUUUCAGGGAUGUAAGCAUUUAUGAAAUAGGCAGUUGUGUGCUUUAACACAAUGCCAGUGUGCUUAGUGGUACAGACAUGUGAACUGUGUCUGUAGGCUCUUCAAGUGGGAGACUGAAAAUGGUGGCUCUAUGAAACAACCAUUUCACAUGCUUAAAUCCUGGAACUGUCGUCAAUUUUAUUUAUUGGGUCUAGUAAAAUAGUUGGUUAGAAAUAACCGAACUUGGGAUUGAAUAGAACCAUAUUUAUUUAUAUGGUAACUUGGUAAGAUCAGUACUUGAAAUGAUUAUCAUAUGUAACAGAUAGAUGUCAAAAUAGUCUUGACUCCUGGGUCCUUUUCAGUAUGAAUUUAAAGGACUUAUUUUAAAAGGUAGUAGUACUUGGUGAUAUUUGUACAAAAAUGACUGAAUAAUAAAGUGGAAGAAUAUUUCACUCAUUCUGCAAUGUUGACAUGCAUAGUCACUUAGGAAGAAGACAAUAUCACUAACAUUUUGUGAGGAAAGUCCAGUGGCAGAAAUAUGAUCAUCAGGUACUUUGAAAAGAAAAUGCCCCUAAUCAAACUUUGUUAGAGUUUGUUAGAGAAAAUGUUUUCAAGCAAAGAGAGAAAUCAUCAUUAAACGAAAAAAAACUAUUAUGAGCGAACUUUCAAAAGACAGGUUCCUUCAAAUUCUGAGGUCAUCAUGGAAUAUAAAAUGCUUAGGUAGGCACCAGUAUGGCAAAGAAAAAUAUUAUUCCCCUGGUAACUUUAGAGAUUGAUGUUAUAUGUUGUAACCAGAAGAACCUAACAUUCUCGAAAGUGGGGUAAAAGCUUCCCUAAGAUUACAACUUCAAACGUUAUUAAAUAUAUACCUACCGACUCAGGUUGGUUCAGAUAGACAAAAUUAUCCUACUGGUUAAACUGAAACAGCAGAGGCUGCAGUUUCCUAGUGUGCGCUCUGGGCGCCGCUGUUGGCCAAAGAGGAGAGCUCUGCUCUCGCCAGUCUUCUCGCGCAGCCGCACCGCGCUUGCCAGGGCAGCCCUCUCACACUCGCCAGGGCCAGCCCUUACACCGCUUCCACCUUGGAAAAAGAACCCUUCUCUGGACUGGGACUGAGAACUAAAGCCCAUUCGGAGCUCCGAAUAUCUGCGAUACAGACAUUAUUCGUGGUUCCGCGUCUCCAGGCUGGUGAGCAAGCUGAGCGAGCAGGCGGGAUGGGGAGCGGCGCUGUGGAGAGGGGCAGGGCGGAGAGGCGGCCAGUGCUCUUUCCCUUGCUGCUGUCUUUGUUCAGCCCGGCGCUCUCCGAGCAGAUCCGCUACAGGAUCCCUGAGGAAAUGCCCAAGGGCUCGGUGGUGGGGAAUCUCGCCAAGGACCUGGGCUUCAGCGUCCAGGAGUUACCGACUCGGAAACUGCGCAUCAGUUCGGAGAAGCCUUACUUCACAGUGAGCGCAGAGAGCGGGCAGUUGCUUGUGAGCAGCAGGCUAGACAGGGAGCAGAUAUGCGGGAAGAGGCCAGCGUGCACCCUGGAAUUUGAGGCUGUUGCUGAAGACCCACUGAACUUUUAUCAUGUGAGUGUGGAGAUCGAGGACGUUAAUGACCACACGCCAAAAUUCUCGCAUAUUUCCUUUGAGCUCCAAAUAAGCGAAUCUGCACAGCCGGGCACACGAUUUAUAUUAGGAGCUGCCCAUGAUGCAGAUAUUGGUACCAACGCACUACAGAAUUACCGGCUCAGUCUCAAUGAUCAUUUCUCACUCACGAAUAAAGAGAAAUCAGAUGGCAGUAAAUACCCCGAAAUGAUAUUGAAGACACCUUUAGACAGGGAAAAACAGAACUUCUACGACUUGAUCUUGACUGCCAUUGACUUUGGGGAGCCACCCCUCAGCAGCACUGCACAGAUACACGUCCUAGUCACUGAUGCCAAUGAUAAUCCUCCCAUGUUCAGUCAAGACAUAUACAGAGUGAGUCUUCCAGAAAACGUACGCCCAGGAACCACCGUGCUGCAGGUGACUGCCACCGACCAGGAUGAGGGUGUCAAUGCUGAGAUCACAUUCUCUUUCAGUGAAGCUAGCCAGAUCACCACAUUUGACCUGAAUUCUAAUACUGGGGAAAUUACUACUCUACACACAUUAGAUUUUGAAGAAGUAAAAGAAUACUCCAUUGUUGUGGAAGCAAGGGAUAGCGGAGGACUGAUUGCACAAUGUACAGUGGAGAUAGAAAUCCUAGAUGAAAAUGACAACGUCCCACAAGUGAUAUUCCAAUCUCUAUCCAACCUAAUUAUGGAGGACGCCAAGCUAGGAACACAUAUUGCUUUGCUUAAAAUUCGUGACAUGGAUUUUGGACAAAAUGGAGAAGUUAUUUGUAAAUUAGAAGGUGAACUUCCAUUUAAAAUACUCACUUCUUCAAGAAACACUUAUAAAUUAGUGACAGAUGGGGUUCUAGACCGAGAGGAGAACCCAGAGUACAACAUCACCAUCACAGCCACCGACAGGGGUAAGCCACCCCUCUCCUCCAGCUCCAGUAUCACCCUGCACAUUGGUGAUGUAAACGACAAUGCUCCUGUUUUCAAACAGGCUUUGUAUGUGGUCCACAUGGCUGAAAACAACCCACCCGGGGCCUCUAUCACACAAGUCAGCGCCUGUGAUCCGGAUUUGGGGCCCAAUGGCCAAAUCUCCUACUCUAUUGUGGCCAGCGACCUGGAGCCUAGAGAGCUGCUGUCCUACGUGUCUGUGAGCGCACAGAGCGGAGUGGUGUUCGCGCAGCGCGCCUUCGAUCACGAGCAGCUGCGCGCCUUUGAGCUCACUCUGCAGGCCCGCGACCAGGGCUCGCCCGCGCUCAGCGCCAACAUGAGCCUGCGCGUGCUGGUGGAAGACCGCAACGACAACGCGCCGCGGGUGCUGUACCCCGUGCUGGAGCCCGACGGCUCGGCGCUCUUUGACACGGUGCCGCGCGCCGCGGAGCCCGGCUACCUGGUCACCAAGGUGGUGGCGGUGGACGCUGACUCGGGACACAAUGCCUGGCUGUCCUACCACGUGCUGCAGGCCAGCGACCCUGGGCUCUUCGGCCUGGGGCUGCGCACUGGCGAGGUGCGCACGGCGCGUGCUUUGGGCGACAAGGACCCUGCGCGCCACCGCCUGCUGGUCGCUGUGCGAGAUGGUGGGCAGCCUCCUCUUUCGGCCACCGCCACACUGCACCUUGUUUUCGCUGACAGCCUGCGAGAGAUCCUACCCGACAUUGAUGAACGCCCUGUGUCCUCUGACCCGCAGGCAGAGCUGCAGUUUUACCUAGUUGUGGCUUUGGCCUUAAUCUCCGUCCUCUUCCUUCUUGUGGUGACUCUGGCUAUUGCCCUCCGCUUGCGACACUCCUCCAGUGCAAAGGCAGGGGGCUGCUUUCAGCAUGGUUUCUGUUCCAAGUCUGGACCCGUGGUUCCCUCCAAUUACAGCGAGGGAACUUUGCCUUAUUCCUAUAAUCUGUGUGUUGCACAAACGGGCAAGACGGAGUUUAAUUUCCUAAAAUGUAGUGAGCAAUUUAGUUCAGGACAAGACAUACUUUGCAGUGAUCCAUCUGGAGCCUUAUUUCCACUUUGUAAUGUGAGCGAGUCAACCUCCCAUCAGCCCAACUAUGCAGACACACUGAUUAGCCAAGAGAGCUGUGAGAAAAAUGAUCCUCUAUUAACAUCUGUAGAUUUUCAUGAAUUGAAAGAUGAAGCUGCUUGUGCUCAGCAAGCCCCGCCCAACACGGACUGGCGUUUCUCUCAGGCCCAGAGACCAGGCACCAGCGGCUCCCAAAAUGGCGAUGAAACCGGCACCUGGCCCAACAACCAGUUUGACACAGAGAUGCUGCAGGCCAUGAUCUUGGCCUCUGCCAGCGAAGCUGCUGAUGGGAGUUCCACCCUGGGAGGGGGAGCUGGCACCAUGGGCCUGAGUGCCCGCUACGGACCCCAGUUCACCCUGCAGCAUGUGCCUGACUACCGCCAGAACGUGUACAUCCCGGGCAGCAAUGCCACGCUGACCAAUGCAGCUGGCAAGCGGGAUGGCAAAGCCCCAGCAGGUGGCAAUGGAAACAAGAAGAAGUCUGGGAAGAAGGAAAAGAAGUAAUGUGGAGGCCAGGCCUAGAGCCACAGAGCAGCCUCUCCCCCCAAUCAGCUUCUCCUUACCUGUACCCAGGCCUCACUUCCAGGAUUCUGGUAGGGGCCAAGGCCAUGCUCCCCUUGAGAAACAGAAACAAGUGCCCAGAGUCAACACCCCCUGCCUCCCCCCAGGGGGUUGAAUAUGCAAAGGGAGUUCUGCUGGGAACCCCCAUCCAAUCAAUUGCUGUACCCCUGGGGGUAGUGGGGUUAGUGUAGACAUAAGAACCAUUGUCACACUCCCUUUAGUUACAGCUGAACUCCUUCAUCUUCCAAAUCAAUCAGGCCCAUCCAUCCCCUGGCUCUCUGCUCCCCUACCCCACCCCACUCCUUCAGAUUUCCUCUCUUGAGUAAGGUGGUUGGGGUGUUGAGGUACCAGGUGACCUAAAAAGACUCAUCAUUCUGAAGAGUUGGAAGAGCAUCAUGACCUCUUGGUCUCCCCUUCAGCUCUCAAUCUUCCCCCAAAGCAUGCUUUGGUGCCAAUCCUUUCGCCUCCUUCUAGAGCCUGCAACCAGUGCUCAAGUUUUGGGGGGAAAGGUCACCAUCCAUCCCCAUGGUACUGAUGCUUGCUGGAUUUGGGGAGGGCAUUUUGCUGCCAAGCCUCUUCCCAACGCCCUGGGGACCAGUCUUUUGUUUUGUUUUUCAUUGUUUGAUGUUCCCGCUGCAUGCUGUGUUCUCUACCCCUCCUCAAGAGACUCCAUUGCAUGUUGUGAGAUGGUAGGGGUGGUAAGAUACAGAAGGAAAGUAUGUGCGUGUGUAUGUGUAUGGAUGGGGGAGGAUGGACAAAGCUUGGCCCAUCAGUUAGUUAACAGAGUCUUGCAGGAGCCUCUGUAUAUCCCCAGGGUACUGGCCAGAUCCCCGAAUUCCAGCCGCAAACCAAGCAGUAGGCUGGACCUUCACCACACACAUGCAGGCUAAAGGCUUCAAUCUAUAGGCUUCAGCCCAGGCAGCCAGCUUUGGGUUGAGCUACCAGGACCAAUGGGUUUAAACUGGCAUUUCAGUGCAAGGACGCUCUGAGCGGGGUUUAGGAGCAGGUGCCCUCGAGAGGUCAGAAGGGCUGGCCUCUGUGGGUGCUGGGUACUCCAGAGGUGCCACAUGUAGAAGGACUGGAGGAGCCCCAGCAGGAAAGGAGGACCAGCUAGGCCAUUCUCGGUCCUCGGGUUGAGAGGCAAGGAGCUAGAUCAGGGACCGAGUGGGCAGAAAGUCUCAGCCCAUGAAGGGGCUUCUCCACAGGUCCCUGCACUCCUCAAGCCUCAGCCCUUCACCUUGCCAGGUGCCAUUUCUUCUCUGUGAAGGCCACUGCCCAAGCCCCCAGUCCGCCCCCUAGUGGCCAGAGCCUGGUAAAAGUCCCCCAGUGCCUCCUUGUGCAUAGACCUUCCUCUGCCCUCCCCUUCUGUCCCUGCGGUCCUGUUUGUCCGGCGGGGUUGCAGGAGAACCCCACCCAGCCCUUCAGUAGUGUAGAGCCCCCUGGCUGGUGUAGAGUAGCCAAUAGUGUAGUGCGGUGUGCUUUCACGUGAUGGCGAGUGGGCAGCGGGGCGGGCUGGCGCCGCCGGCCGCCCAUGAAUCUGCCUGCAGCGGCCCGUGCUGUGUUCGUGCUGUGUCCACGCGCUGCGGCGACCCCUCCCCGAUACUGACUCCUUCUAUAAGCGCUUCUCUCCGCAUAGUCACGUAGCUCCCACCCCACCUCUUCCUGUAUCUCACGCAAGUUUUAUACUCUAAUAUUUAUAUGGCUUUUUUUCUUCGAAAAAAUAAUAAAAAGGUUUCUUCUGAAAGGUU